AUGCACUCGAGAUUUGACCAGGUCUACGUUAAUGCAGACCAUGAACUCAGCCACGGAAGCGAGCAGUAUAGCAUCAACCCCUUGGCCACGCCCGUCCGCAGCAUAGUCCAGUCGAUUACUGGCUGGGGCACUCUUGGAGAAGAUGAUGUCUUUUUUGAUAAGGGGAUGGACUCCCUCCAGGCGCUCCGGAUCACACGAGCCUUGCGGCGCCACUUGAGCCGCCCAGCAAUCUCCAUGUCUGCUGUGUAUAAGAAUCCCACCGUAAGACAGCUGAGUGAGGCAUUGUUUGAGGGUAACUCUGGACAAAAGCAGACUAGAGAUAUUCUGAGCUCAAUUCAGUCCACAUACAUAGAACUUGUCAAAUCUAUCCACCUAUCCACUGGUUCGACCGCCAGCAGCAGGCCAUGGGACAUUGUUCUAACAGGGUCAACCGGGUAUUUGGGGACUUACAUGUUGCAUUCAAUUCUAAGCCGUUCGGAGCUUGGUCAUAUAUUCUGCCUUAACCGCGGAGAAGAUGGUGGCAAAGCUGUACAAUCGACGCGUUUUGCGGCAGCCAGUCUCAUUUUCACAAAGGAGAUGGAGAGCCGAGUAACGUUCUUGAAGGCUGACCUGGCGCAUCCCAAGCUCGGGCUGGAUGACAUGGCCUACCAAAUCUUAACUGAACGUGUCGGGAUAAUCAUACAUAAUGCCUGGCCUGUCAACUUCAUCCUUGGACUCCAGGCAUUUCAGCCUCAGCUGGCUGGCGUUGUCAAUUUAUGCUCGCUGGCGGCCGCCUCAGCACCGCGACUUGCUAAGAUUAUAUUUAUCUCGUCAGUCAGCGCGGUGAUUUCUGGCAACGGCAAGAGUGCCCCUGAAACCAUUGUAACAACUCCUCCGCAAAUCCAAGAGGGCUAUGGACAGAGCAAGUUUAUCUCUGAAAGAAUCUUGGAAACGGCAGCCAGGCAUGUUGGGAUCCCUGCUAUUAUCGCUCGUGUCGGACAGAUCGCCGGCCCGAUCCAUCAGAGAGGCCUAUGGAAUCCUUCCGAAUGGUUACCAAGCAUUGUCAUCAGUUCACUCUACCUGGGAUGCCUGCCCGACAGCCUUGGAGUUAUGGAAGACAUUGACUGGAUCCCAUCCGAUGUCCUGAGCGAGAUCAUCAUUGACAUCGCAACCAACACAAAUGAAGCGGACCCAAGUCACUCAAGAGCGCAAGUGUUUAACUUGCGAAACCCGAGGGUUACCUCCUGGGCCGAACUCGUUCCCACCAUUCUGGAGACUGCCAAGGAUUUUCAAGGCUUGGAUAUUGAAGUUGUACAUCAUGCUGUCUGGUUACAGCGGCUCAAGGAGAGCCAUACUGGGCUCAUCACUGAUGAUAGCGUGAAUGGGCUCGCUUCUGCUGCUCCUAGAAACCCGGCACUCAAAUUGCUGGACUUUUAUAACAAUAACUUGUGGGCUAAGGGGGCUAGAGCGGGUCUGAUGGAAGUUGGCCAUGCCAGUCCGUUGAGUCCUACCCUAAAAUUGCUGCCAGCCGUGGAUAAGGCUUGGAUGCGUAAGUGGGUAGAAGAGUGGGCUACCUUGAUGAACAGGUGA